AUGUCAGGUGGUGGAUGCAGCAUAGUGUGGUUUAGAAGAGAUCUGAGGGUAGAGGAUAACCCAGCACUUGCAGCAGGAGUAAGAGCAGGAGUUGUGGUUGCUGUUUUCAUAUGGGCUCCUGAAGAAGAAGGUCAAUACUAUCCUGGCAGGGUCUCAAGGUGGUGGCUUAAACACAGUUUGGCUCACCUUGAUUCCUCUUUGAGAAGUCUUGGCACUCCUCUUAUCACCAAGCGAUCCACUGAUAGUGUUUCUUCUUUACUUGAGGUUGUCAAGUCCACUGGAGCUACUCAACUCUUUUUCAACCAUUUAUAUGAUCCUUUGUCACUUAUCAGGGAUCACCGAGCAAAGGAGGUUCUGACUGCUCAAGGCAUUACCGUACGUUCCUUCAACUCUGAUUUAUUGUAUGAACCAUGGGAUGUUAAUGAUGCCCAUGGCCAACCAUUCACAACUUUUGCUGCUUUUUGGGAAAGAUGCCUUAGCAUGCCUUAUGACCCACAAGCACCUCUUCUUCCACCUAAAAGGAUUAUUCCAGGUGAUGUGUCAAGGUGCCCUUGUGAUACAUUGGUUUUUGAAGAUGAAUCAGAGAAGGCAAGCAAUGCACUUCUUGCUAGAGCAUGGUCACCUGGGUGGAGCAAUGCUGACAAAGCUUUGACCACGUUUAUAAAUGGUCCACUGAUUGAGUACUCAAAAAAUCGCAGGAAGGCUGACAGUGCCACAACCUCAUUGCUCUCCCCACAUUUGCAUUUUGGUGAGGUUAGUGUCAAAAAAGUAUUCCAUCUUGUUCGCAUUAAGCAAGUCUUUUGGGCUAACGAAGGAAACAAGGCUGGUGAAGAGAGUGUGAACUUGUUUCUCAAGUCUAUUGGUCUUAGAGAGUAUUCAAGGUACAUUAGUUUCAACCACCCCAAUAGUCAUGAAAGGCCUCUUCUGGGACACCUUAAGUUUUUCCCUUGGGUAGUAAAUGAAGGCUAUUUUAAGGCGUGGAGACAAGGCAGAACAGGCUACCCAUUGGUGGAUGCUGGAAUGAGAGAGUUGUGGGCUACUGGUUGGCUGCAUGAUCGGAUACGUGUUGUGGUUUCCAGUUUCUUUGUGAAGGUUCUGCAGCUUCCUUGGAGAUGGGGAAUGAAAUAUUUCUGGGAUACCCUUUUGGAUGCAGAUCUUGAGAGUGAUGCUCUUGGUUGGCAGUACAUAUCUGGCACUCUACCUGAUGGUCGUGAAUUUGACAGAAUAGAUAAUCCACAGUUUGAGGGAUACAAGUUUGAUCCAAAUGGAGAAUAUGUACGACGCUGGCUUCCUGAACUUGCAAGAUUACCAACUGAAUGGAUACAUCAUCCAUGGAAUGCACCAGAAUCUGUACUCCAAGCUGCUGGAAUUGAACUUGGGUCUAAUUACCCUCUUCCAAUUGUGGGAAUAGAUGCAGCAGAAGCAAGAUUGCAAGAAGCACUUUUACAAAUGUGGCAGCUGGAAGCAGCUUCAAGAGCUGCAAUGGAAAAUGGAACUGAGGAAGGGCUUGGAGACUCCUCUGAAUCAACACCUAUUGCUUUUCCUCAAGACACACAAAUGGAGGAAAUACACGAACCUGUUAGGAACAAUCCCCCUCAUGGGACUCGGCGCUAUGAGGAUCAAAUGGUCCCAAGUAUCACUUCUUCCCAAGUGAGAGUGGAAGAGGAAGAAACUUCAGAACUUCGAAACUCAGCAGAGAAUAGCAGAGCUGAAGUGCCAAUAAAUGCAAACCCACAACAAAAUGCAAGAGAGACAGUGAACCAAGGACUGUUGCAGACCGUAAAUAGAAACACACGACUACAGAAUAAUACUACAAUGUGGCUGAGAAAUGCAGCUGAAGAUUCCACAGCAGAAUCUUCAAGUAGUAGUAGGAGAGAAAGGGAUGGAGGAUUAGUUCCAGUAUGGUCUCCCCCAGCUUCUAACUUCUCAGAGCAAUUUGUAGAUGAUGAAAAUGGUAUAGGACCCAGUUCAUCUUACUUGCAGAGGCAUCCUCAGUCUCACCAACUGAUAAAUUGGACCCGGUUACCUCAGACUGGGUAAUUCACAUCUAAAACAAGCAGAGGUGGAAAAUGCACUCUCACCUCUUCUUAUGGGAAAGUGGGAUGCCGAACCUCGCAAUGGACAUAUAUGUGUUCAGUUCUUACUCCUUAAAUUAGUCUUGACAUAUUAUUAACAGCUGACCUCCAAUGUGCAUGAAAAUAUCAAUCCACUCGGGCAGUUUCAUUUGCAGUUCCUUUUGCUUUCUUGUACAAUGUGUAGUGAAGGCAUGCUGUAUAGUAUAAUUUGUUCAGUGAUGGAGAAAGAGCCAAUAUUGGAUCUUUGAUCCUCUAAUAAACUCAAAAAGGUUUGUGCUUAUCAUUUAAGGCAGAUAUGUUACUUUUGUAAUCCCUAUUUUAUUUACAUUUUCUGUCCUGUACAUCUCUGUUGACGACUGUAAAGUGCACUCUUCUUGGUAAAUAUGCCAUACUAAACGACAGUGCCGGAACACCUUUUUUUUUUUUUUUUUUUCUCCCCUUUUUUUAUUCAUAUUCCCCUAAAAUUUUCUAUGGUUGAGUGAAGAGGUGCAUUUUUAUCCAUUGGAUCUUCUU